UUGUUGGCAACCAAAUAAUCUCUCACAUUUAGCAAUACGUGUCGAAAAGAAUGAAGAAAAUGGAAUUAAGUCGGAUAAUUUAUUGUGUAGCAUUAACAUAUUUAUGUUUUAGUGCAGCGAAUGCUGAAAUUAUUAAUAAGAAUGUAGAACGAGUCCUCGAUUUGUCGUCCCAACUCGUCAAGACGACAUAUAAAAUCACCGCCGAGGAGACUACCGGCAAACCCAUAAAGGAGUAUGUGUUUAUUGUCACCGAGCCAAAUCUGUCGUAUAUUUCGGCAAAGGAUGGAUUGAACAAAAAAGUUGAAGUACAAAAGAUACAAGAAGGUGGUGCAAGCGAUGUGUUUUCCUACAAACUAACAUUCAGCUCACCCUCUUCGAAGCAAAGCAUUGUCAUCGAAACAGUCUCCACCAAAAAUAUACUGCCACAUCCAUCGGAAAUUAAACAAAACGAUAAACAAUUGGUGAAGUUUGUUGGCAAGCUUUAUCUCUACUCGAAAUAUUCGACAAGUACCCAGAAGACCAACGUUAUUCUUAGUUCGUCCAACAUACUGUCGCAUACUCAGGUCAAACCGUUCUCAGUAUCGUCCAAUAAAGUCUUCUUUGGACCCUAUGAAAAUAUUGGAGCACAAUCGGAAGAUGAACUGGUGCUGCACUAUGAAAAUCAAACGCCUUUCCUCACAGUCAAUACUUUGGAACGCACAAUCGAAGUAUCACACUGGGGCAAUAUUGCUGUUAAGGAAGAUAUUCAAUUGACGCAUUCUGGAGCUAAACUGAAGGGUUCGUUCUCUCGCUACGAUUUCCAAAAGGACGGCCGCUCAGGACAAUCUGCUGUUAAGUCUUACAAAACCUAUUUGCCAGCAUCGGCCAAUGGUGUUUACUAUCGCGAUACAAAUGGCAACAUUUCUACCUCUAACAUGAAUCUUAUGCGCGACUUUGUUGAUCUUGAUCUUCGUCCAAGAUUCCCAUUGUUCGGUGGCUGGAAAACACAGUAUACUCUUGGCUAUAAUGUGCCCUCCUAUGAGUACCUGUACAGUUCAGGCAACAAAUAUAUGCUGAAGAUGCAUCUCAUCGAUCAUAUCCAUGACAAUAUGUUGAUCGAUGAAGCUGUUGUCAACAUCAUUCUACCCGAGGGAUCCACAAAUAUUGAGCUCAUAACGCCAUACAGCGUAAAACGUCACCAAAAUGAUCUGAUGUACACCUAUUUGGAUACCGUCGGACGUCCUGUUAUCUCAUUUUCGAAACAAAAUUUGGUGGAAAAUCACAUUUCUGAUUUCACUCUGAAGUACUCAUUCUCAAAGGUAUCCUUGCUGCAAGAGCCCUUGUUAGUUAUUGGCUUCAUUUACAUCAUCUUUUUAUUCACCAUUGUUUUCUUGCGAUUAGAUUUGUCGAUUACAUCUCAUUCCCAUAAAGAUUAGUAAUUCCUUAAUUACAAUAAUGUGUGUAACUUUUCAUUGUAUCGAAAAGCAAAUAAAAAUGCACUUUAACAAUAUUUUGAGUUCUGAUUAUUAUACAUACAUUCGAUGUGCAUUUAAUGAUAAACACAACAAGAAAAAAAACAGAUUUUCGUAAUACUAUGUACUGAUCCAAAUUUUGAUUACAAUAAAACAACUUGAAAAUUA